AAAUAUUUUUUGCAAAAAAGUUUGACCAUCGAGCAAGAGUUCCUUGAGGGAACAAAAAGAUUCUAUAAUGCAGAAAUGGCUUUGACCGAUUACCAGAAGGAUCCAGAGGGAGCUAGGAAAGAGGUGAAUGACUGGGUGGAGAACAAAACAAAAGAGAAUAUUAAGAAUUUAAUUCCUGAGGGGGUGUUUAACUCAGGCACUGUAUUGACUCUGGUGAAUGCCAUAUAUUCCAAGGGAAUUUGGCAAAAUGAGUUUGAUCGAAGAGCCACUCGUUCAAAAGAUUUUUUUGUUUCUAAAAACGAAAAGGCAAAAGUGAAAAUGAUGAAGCUGAAGACAAACUUCAAGCACAUUGCUAAUGGUGGAGAGCUUGACUGUCAAUUGCUGGAGUUGCCUUACCAAGGUGAGGAUCCCUCGAUGUUGAUUCUGUUACCCCAAGACAAGUAUGGGCUGACCAGUGUAGAGGUCAGUCUCACCCAUGACAAGUUACAAAAGGCUAUUGCACUAACACAAGUACAUCGUUCACGCGGAGUGAAGGUGUACUUGCCAAGAUUCAAGAUGACACAACAAUUCCAACUGAAUGAGCUCCUAGCGAAAAUGGGUGCAAUAGAUAUGUUUAACGCGACAAAGCUGACUUUACAGGGAUUUCACCAGGGCCUGAGAGGCUCCAUAUAUCCCUUGUCAUUCACAAGGUAUUUGUGAAGGUCAACGAGAAAGGUACAGAAGCUGCAGCAGCAACAGCCGUGGUAAUGCGCGGACUAAAUCGCCAUUUGGGGGUUCCGCAAAGAUUCCCGUCUUUUGCGCUCAUCACCCCUUCCUGAUAAUUACUUUGUCAUAAAAAGUCAGGUGGCAUUUUGUUCAUGGGUAGAAUGGUGAAGCCUGAGCCAUUAGACUGAGAGUAAGAAGGAGCUAGUUCUGGAUUAAUUCGGCGUUAUCACAGUUAUUCCUUAUUGUUGGGUUACUUUUUUCUUUUGAGACUUAAAAACAAAGUUCAUUUCUGAGAAUAUUGCCCCAUAACUGCAAAACAUAUAUUUGAAUACCACAGGAGGUCAAGAACGAUAUUAGGUACCUAGUAACGAAAAAUUAAAAUUAAAAUUAAUCUUAAUGUCAUAUAAUAUUAUUACAAGAAAAAUCAGAGGGAACUGAUCGGCUGCCGAAUAAGCUGUAGAAUAUUUGCCAUCAUAUCAUUAUAAAGAAAAUUUUUUAGAAAAAUAUUAGAAAUUGUGUUUAACAAGUUCACUUAUCCAUUUCAAAUUAACAAUUAAUACAAUUAUAAUAAUAAUAAUAAUUAUUAUUAUUAUUAUUAUUAUUAACAAUUAGUGUAGCAGGAAAUAUUUUAAUAAAAGGUUUGGUAAACGUGUUCAAGGAUCUCCUGCCUAUAGUUAUCAUUAUUAAUGUAAUAAAUGAAAGCAUUAUAAGGACAUGAAACAAAGAAGAAAUUUUUAAUGAUAAAAGUCGAGAAGAGCCGUGUGUAUUUGAUUCAGUCUGUCAACACACAAAACUGAAGGUUUGACUUAAGGAUCUAUACACAAGUCAACACAAGGAUUGAUUGAACAUUCCCCAACAUCCCUGCAUGUGAUCACCACUUUCUGAAGAUUUUUUGCGUCCCUGCCCAACUACGACGUGAAAUGAACAAAUUCGUUUGAGAACGAGAGGCAAGGUAAUAAAUUCGGACGCACUCCCGCCUCUUCAGCUGCAGCCUAGGCUACGUUAAAGGCACACGGUACCGGUCGAAAAUUCCUGCGGUUAGGUGUUCUGUUCAAGGGAGAGUCACGCUUUCCGUACGAAAAUUUGAACGCCUAGCCGUUUAAAAAUUUGAACGCUAAAAUCGAGGAUCAAUUUUUGACCGGUACGGUCAUCAACAACUGUAAUACAUCAUUUUACUAUCUCCACAACAUUAGGCAGAUAAGAAAACACCUGUCACGUGACUCCUCAGAGACUUUGAUUCACGCGUUUGUCUCCAGCCGAUUAGAUUACUGUAACAGUUUACUCUAUGGAUUGCCACAGGUACAAAUUGAUAAGAUUCAAAGAGUUCAAAACGCAGCUGCAAGGCUUAUUUUGAGCAACCUAAGUUUUGCCAUAUAACACCAGUCUUAUCUCAGCUUCACUGGCUGCCCAUCAAGUAUCGCAUUGAGUUUAAGAUUUUACUGAUGACUUUUAAAGCAAUUCACGGCAUGGCGCCAGAUUAUCUUUGCAAAUUGAUCAGCCGAAGCCUGAGCCAUUAGACUGAGAGUAAGAAGGACCUAGUUCUGGAUUAAUUCGGCCUUAUCACGCUCGAGAAGCGGGUGUGACUACUGCUUUAAGAGUAAAAUGCGAUUUUUAACUAGCUUGAAUGCAUUGCAAGGUUUCUCAAUGAUUCGCAACGCAUUUUUAACCUUUCCUAUGAAUGGGUUCAACUUCGUCAAAUGAUGAAAAAUGAUCAACGCAUUGGCAAUGUUACCAUUUUUGUUUUUGCUUGAUGAUAGAAAUGACAGCGUAGGUCAACGCGCGAAACCUAGUCACUCUAACAUGUCCCGUAUGAAGAUUUUCGUAAGGCUCACCAGACCUGAGAGGAACCUCAGAAAUUAAUACCUUAACCGCGCUUUGAAGUAGAUAAAUUGUUAUAACAGAUACAUCAUUUAAAUAGAAUUUUUAAAGAACAAAAACUCAAAAAAUAUUCUGUUUCCUUACACGGUGGUCGGUCGCUAAGGCUUUUGCUCCCGCACCUCUCAAAACUAAGAGUUUUAGUCCACAUACAGUUAGUAGAAUGCAUAGAAUGUAACGAAACUUGGCAGGGAAGUAGGUUGAUAAAUUACCUAUUUAUGGGUGUUUAUUUCAUCCAAUGUGACGUCUACUGUGACGUCAUAAAUGAUGUCCAAAUUUGGCAUCAAAAAGAAAAUUCAGGAAAGAAAUGGUAAAAAUUUGACAUCAGUUUUCUGUACAGAAUCAUGAUUGCUGGUGAAAAUCCUAUCUCAAUGGGAUAAAAAGGCGUAAAGUUACAUUUAAUUAAAGACAUUCAAACUUCCCGCCAAAUAACCAUGUAUAUGGUCAAACUUUAGGGGUAUUUAAACGCGAAAACAAUAAAUGUAGUCGCAAAGGAGAAAAUACAAAUUUGCAUUGUUACUAUUGUUACUUAUACUUACUUUCGGAAAACUAACUCGAUGCCAAUUAAUAGUGACUCCUGGCGCUUGACAAAGGUCACAAGUCAAAAGCCGUUAGCAUUUUAUUAGCUCGGCACUUCCAUGGAAACACCUGAGGAAUAAUCUGAAGAAGGUCGAAGGCUCGAAACGUCAUUAAACUUAGUGAACCUGCUAUAAGUUGCCCUAUUGUCAUUUUCUUACACUGGUCAUAUAUUACUAAGGUUUUAUGCUGUUUCUUAUUAUUUAAAUUUUAUUGACCAUUUUGUAGUUUUACCAAUAUUUAAUAGCGCUUUUAAGUUUAUAUGUAUGUAUAGAAAGUGUGCUUUACAAAUGCUUAAUUAUAUAGUAAUAAAGAGAAUGUCUACUACAUUAACCCUCUCGUCUCUACCUUGGAUUCAUACAUUAAAGACACUACUGACUUCCUUAAUAAACUUUCUAACCUCGGUAACCUACCUAACAACGCUAUUCUUGUAACUCUUGAUGUGUCAUCGCUCUACACCAACAUUCCACACAAUCAAGGAAUUGAUGUAUGCCGUCAUUUUCUUGAUACCCGCCCUAACAAACACAUCCCCACAGAGACACUAUGUGAUCUCUUACGCAUGAUUCUCACCAUGAAUAAUUUCACAUUUAACCAGCAGCAUUAUCUUCAAAUCCAUGGUACUGCUAUGGGUACUAAAAUGGCUCCUUCUUUUGCUAACCUUUUUCUUGGUAGUGUUCGAAACCAACGAUCUCACUAACGCCCCUUGGCAGCCUCACACAUGGUGGAGAUAUAUCGAUGAUAUUUUCAUGAUCUCACAGAAGGUUCGGAUCGUUUGAAAAUAUUCGUCGAUUAUCUCAAUAACAUUCAUCCCACUAUUAAGUUCACUAGCUCUCACUCACUUACUAACGUUCCUUUUCUCGACGUCAUGGUGUCUCUACAUAACGGUAUAAUUGAAACUGAUCUAUUUACUAAACCCGUGGAUAAACAUCAGCACCUUCUCAGCUCAUCAUGCCAUCCUCACCACACUAAGAAAGCCAUUCCGUUCAGCUUAGCCCUCCACCUCCGCCGUAUCUGCUCUACAGACGCUAAGUUUAAACUUCGCAUUAAUGAACUUAAAACAUAUCUCCUUGCUCGUGGUUAUAAUGAUAAUUUCCUUGAAAAACAGUUCCUACGCGCUGCUAGUAUUUCUCGUACUAACGCGUUACAGACUAAACCCAAAGCUUCUAACGAUGUUGUACCAUUUGUUGUCACAUAUAACCCAGCACUUCCACGCAUUUCUAAUAUUCUACGCAAACAUUUUAACAUCUUACACUCCUCUAGCCGUUGCAAAGACGUCUUUAAGCAACCGCCUUUUGUUGCUUAAAGACGUAGCUCUAAUCUUCGUGACCUUUUAGUUAAAGCACAACUACCCGUUAUCUCCACCAAUCAUUUUCCGCCAUGCUCCUUCCAUUAUGGACAGAACUGUGCCACUUGUCCAUACAUUACUAACGGCCUCACAAGUUAUACCUUGUACGCUACAGGUGAAACACGCUCCAUUACUUCACACAUCAGGGGCACCCAACGGCAAUUUUCGGGAAAAUAUCUGUUCGGAAGACGAUUUGAGAUCUAGAAUUUUCGGAGCGUUUGUUAUAAAAUUUAUUGCGUGCCUGCCUCUCCUAGGAUUUUCGAACAUCUACAAAAUGGUAUAAUUACCCAUUUUUAGCGGAUUUUGACCCCAAAAAAGGCCACCUAGAAUUUUCGGGAACCUUUUCCUGGCUGAAAUUUUCGGGAAGGUAAGUUUUUAUCCCUAUACUGAUUUUCGGAUCACUAGACUUUCAGCUAGCAAAUCCAAACAGAUGAAAAGUUUUUAGGGGAUAAAAAUAUGCCUAUAUCUACCGUUUGAAUACUAAAAUACGUUUAACAAUGCUAUGUUAAGUGGUUUUGAACUAUAUCCUCGUUGGGUGCCCCUGACACAUUACUUGUAACACUAAAAAUUUGAUCUACAUGGUUCAAUGUAACCGUUGUUAACGUAGUUUUUUGGACUAUGCUAGGAAUUCAUAGUUAAGGAAUUGCGGUAGCCCCGUACACGCCCAACAGGAAACUGAAAUAGUAGAUAAACCUCAACUUUAAUUAAGCCGUUUAGUUUUACCCGAGAUCUGAAUUAAUUGGACAUGUUUCAUGUGAUUUACUGCUUACCUGUUACACUGUUUCAUGGUUAUCCCGAUCAAGGAAAGUUAAGAAAACUCGCCACAGAAGUAAGUUUAUGAUCAAUGUUAUAAUAUUGUCAAUCAUUUUAGUUUUGUUAGUUUUAUAUGGAUUUCAUGAGUUUUUGGAUAUUGACGAUCAGUGACCGCACGGCAUAAUGAUUGUUAAGAGUUUAUAUCAGUUAUUCCCGCCUCGCUCGUUUAAAGAGGCCCUGCGCCUAAGAAAAGACCGAUGAUUUGCGGCUAAAAAAUAAAAUCGGCCGAUUUUUAUCUCCCAAGUAGAGGUUACCGAAUACUAUUCAAAAAUGAAUUUCUUUUGUUUCAGUUUCGCUUUAAACCAAAAAUAUCGAGCCGCAAACUUUUUCCGUCUGAUAGCAGCAAAAUCAGGCCUAAAAUAAGCUCUGGCAAACAAAGGAUCAGAAAUCACUAUCGCAACGCAAAACAACGAGAAAACCACACAGUGAUGAAGAAAAAGGCCUUUUGAAAAACUGCCGAAGGGAAUGAAAAAUAAAUUUUCAAAUAUUGCAUAUUAAAUUAGAUGGAGCGUUGGAGUUGAUUUUAAAAUAAUAAUUUCUCAAAAGUCCAACGCUGCUGAAAGCAAUCACAGUGAUGAAUCAGACAUUGGAGGGAUAUACAUCACGUUUUCGGAAAAACAUUUUUCGGCCAAGGUAUACUGACGUUGUAAAAACUGUUCAAAGUUACCGUAUUUACCGUUAAGUUGCCACUUCGGCGAAACACAUCUCUGUUGCCAAUAUGGCCAAGGAUAGCGUGGUAAUCGCCACUUUAAUCCUUGCUAGGCGCUCAAAACCAUCCAAAAUAGAAGUAUAUAGAAUUAAAAGAGAAAGGAGAAUGAAAGAUUCGCAGAAAAAGAGAAUAACUCGAAAUUACCAUCUGCUAAGGAGAUUUGAAUCUUGGAAAUGUUGUCUCGUGACAGCGUUCAUUUGUCCGAACUGCAGAGGGAUCCAAACAAAUACGUCAAAUAUGAGUUUAAAAAAAACAAUCUUUCUAUCACCAGAUAUCGUGAAGUGAAACAGUUUUAUGUUUCUCCUAUUAAUGAUGAUGAAUUCAACCUCAGCUAGUCUCCAAGUACUUUGAAUGUGGGCUGCUUGUAUUUCGUUACAUACAUUCCAACGGCCGUUACGGCUCAGCUCGUGCAGGGGUCAGCGGACCUGAAGAAAGGUGACGAAGUUGGAGAGCAACGCCAUGCUAGGGGGGACAUUGGUAGGUACCCAAUACCGAAAAUAACUGCGGUAUUGGUAUUUCGUCGAUUUUUGACACGGUAUUUCGGUAUUUACCAAUUUUUCUCACGGUAUUGCGGUAUUCAAUUAAUUUAAUUUAAUUUAAUUUAAUUUUGCAAGGAAACGUGAGACGACCUCGAAUUGAUCGGUACAACGAACGAAAAAGAUACCCUACCAAUUUCAUCAUAGAUUGUCUGUCAGAAAUUGUGUAAUGGUAAUCAUUUACCAUUCAUCUAAAGUCUUAAAAAUACUGACGUGCAUUAAACUAGCCUGAGUAGCAGGCGCUUGGAAGUAGUAGGCGCGCAAGAGAACGAGCGCGCGCGAGGGAGACACGCGAGGGGUCAUCCAAGCGCCUGCUACGCAGGCUACUGUUCAUUGCGCUCUCCUGUUUAAUGCUACCGCAAUACCGUGAUCUUCUUUUACCGAAUACCGUUAACCAAAAGGAAGAAAUACCGCAUACCGCAGGGCUAAAUGAUACCGCAAUACCCCACUUUAAAAUCCAAAUUACCGAUAUACCGCUCGAAAAAAAGCUCAAUACCGUAAGCCCCCAUUUCCCCCUCCAUGCUGUUGAAGAGGUGAUAGAAUAUUUGAGCUUAAAACAUCAAAUUAUAUUUGAUGUUUACAAUCUUUGUCAUAAUUAUCACAGCAACAAACUUUCAUCUUUCAAUGUUAGUAUUGAAAGACAUGUGCGGGUAUUUCGAAAUACCUUACAAAUCUACAGAUCUAAAAAGAGACCUUUUAGCCAAGGUUUCAGUGUAAAGGUAUGUGACUGAGUGCAGCAAAAAAUAAUUUCAUUCUGUAACUUUCCUGCGCAAGAGUUUGAGUGCAUGGUAUGUUGUCCAAUCGGUAAUGUGACAAGUUGUGCGUUGUGCAUUGGUUAUCAUCUAAAUAUCAUAAAUAUUAUUGUGGAAACAAAUUAUGAAGCAUAUUAUAAAAUGAAGUUGCAAAAUGAGUGAGGUACUUUCAUCGAUUUAAAAGUCCUACCGGUCUCCUAUCUUUUUUUAUGAUGUCCACCCCAAUAUUUGGGUGACCCUAUUCGGCGGAAUGGCGGAAUACAUGCAAUCAGUUGUAAAAUACGGAAUAUACGUAACACUCUAAAACACGGAAUUUACAGAAUAUUCUGUAUUUGAUUUGAACUGGACUGACGAAAAAGCAGAGGCAAUAUUAAAAAUUCAAUUUUCGUACUGCCGUAAGCCACACUAUAGACCUUAAGACGGUUUUGAAAGCCAUCUUGACGGGUGAAGGGUCCGGUAUCACGGGAAUCUGAUGUCGGAUAACUUUCAUCAAACGGCUGUUCUAAAAAAAAAGAAUUGUAAACUUAAGCUUGACAGGAUUGUACUACCAAUUAAUGGGGGCCGCACCUGUGCCUAAAUUUGUCCGGUCGCUUGCUUUAGAUUUUCCAGAGUCUUCAAAGUCUUCAAAGGAAUGAUCUCUUCUUCAAAUUUUGUGGAGAUUGCUCGGCUGGUCGUUCUGGCGAGGAAGGAUCCAGGGACAACAAGUCCGUUUUCCAGUCUCCUUGAUCCAUUACCUUAAUCGACUUGCACUUUGUUUUGACUGCGAGCUUUUUUAAGAAAGGUGAAUAUAAGGAAGGAAAGUUCCAUCGACAAAGUGCCCAACAAGUUUCAAGGUAAGUCCCUCGCGUUAACUGAGCAUUCACCGUCAGUAUUUGUUACUGCUACAGUUUCAAAUAUUGUUCGUUUUUAAAUGAAUAUCAAAGUCCCUUUUUUAACAUUUGGUUGUUUCUCAAAAAAGAAAUAAGCGCCCUGUCCCGAAUAAGCGUCCUCCCUAGAGGUACCAAAAGAAAAUAAGCGCCUGGGCGCUAAAUCGAAUCAUUACGGUAAGUCAAUUCUUUUACUUGUCACGCACUUAAAACGUGGUUCGAGUUAAUGAGGGUAAAAUUAUAUAGAAAUAAUCUGAAGAGAAGCAAAAAUUAGUAUUACUUCGAGUUAGCACGAGGUUCGAGUCAGUAGCGAGGGUUCGAGUUAUUAGAGUCGACUGUAUACAUGUAUACCCUUUUUAAACGAUUUUUCUCUUAUUCUGCAUUUUAGAGUAUUCCGUAUAAUCCGUAUUUUAGAAUAUUCCAUGUAUUUCAUCCUUCCGUUCCGUCACUCCGUCAGUCCGCCAUUCCACCAAAUAGCGUCACGCCCGAUAUUUUCAUGUCCAAGAAAAUACUAAACGCGAGGCUAAUCAUUGUGCCAAGAAUUGAAUCUGUUAGCUACAUUUUAUAGUGCCAGGCAAUAGUCCUUUGAGAAUAAAAAAAAAACCCCGUAAUUCUUGGGCGCAAUGAACUCAGUUUUCGGGAACAAGAUGUUCCUCGUUCUCGGGAGCAACAGUGGAAGACAUAUGACAUUGACACGACUGAUUCUCGCCCGAAAAAAAAACCAAAAAAAAAACAUGGGAUCAGAUUUCUUUCAACAGACCGCUGGCCAGAAGCGUCGACUCGUGGCCCCACAACGAUUAGAUCACGCUGAGGCCAAAACAGUGCGGCGGUUCGGGAAUUUUUUCUUUUUAAGUCACCAUCGUUUGUGAAAAAAAAAAACAUUACUGUAACAUUGUUUCACUAAGUGCUUUCUGGCCGGGAAAAAGUUGUGCAUUCGUUUACAUUCCGCCGCAGUUUAGACAAAUGACGUCAUUGGCCGCUGUCACGCGACGACAUUUUCCACAUUCAAGUUUCCUCAGCAGAUGGUAAUUUCGAGUUCUUUUCUUUGUCUGCCUAUUUUUCAUCUUCCUUUCUCUUUUAAUUCUACGUCCUUCUACUUAGGAUGGUCUCUGAGCGCCUAGCAAGGAUUAAAGUGGCGUUUACCACGCUAUCCGCGGCCGUAUUGGCAACAGAGAAGUGUUUCGCCGAAGUAGAAAGAAAACGGUAAACACUGCAACUUUGAACGCUUUGUACAACGUCAAUAUACUUUGGCCGAAAAAUGUUUUUCCAGAAUCGUAAUGUAUAUCCCUCCAAUGUCUGAUUCAUCACUGUGAUUGCUUUCAACAGCAUUGGACUUUUGAGGAAUAAUUAUUUUAAAAUCAACUCCAACGCUCCAUCUAAUUUAAUAUGCAAUAUUUGAAAAUUUAUUUUUCAUUCCCUUCGGCAGUUUUUCGAUGUUUAUCGAAUGAUAUUGCAUUGAAAGGCCUUUUUCUUCAUCACUGUGUGGUUUUCUCGUUGUUUUGCGUUGCAAUAGUGAUUUCUGAUCCGUUGUUUGCGAGAGCUUAUUUUAGGCCUGAUUUUGCUGCUAUCAGACGGAAAAAGUUUGCGGCUCGAUAUUUUUGGUUUAAAGCGAAACUGAAACAAAAGAAAUUCAUUUUUGAAUAGUAUUCGGUAACCUCUACUUGGGAGAUAAAAAUCGGCCGAUUUUAUUUUUUAGCCGCAAAUCAUCGGUCGUUUCUUAGGCGCAGUUUAUUACCAAUUGAUUUAGUUAAUUAGAAUACAUUGUACAUUUUAAUUUCAGAUCGAAUAAAUAUAUUAUCAGUUAUACGAUUGCGAGUAUUCUUCGGUAGUGGAUCGUCUUAGUUCCCUUACGAAACAACCGUUGUAAUCUACAAUAUAUGGGUAAAACUAAGCGACGUCUCAAGGACAGAUUUAACGAACACAGACGUGCAGUCGACAAAACUAACAUUAAAUCUAAACCCACUACUGUUUCUGAACACUUUCUCUCUCACUCUAACCAUUCUCAUACUGACAUGCAGUUAAUCCCACUAGAGAAAAUUCAUUCUUUACGUGACUCAGUUCGUAAGGCCACGGAGUCGCAUUUGAUAGAUAAGGCCUUGACUCUUGAACCUCAUGGGCUAAACCGCCGCGACGAAUUAUUGUAAUCCAUAUCCUUAGUAUUUCUCCUUUCCAGUUUUUAUGUUGUACGUCAUAUCCGCCUCUCCCAUUUAUUGCGACAUUCUCAAUUUAUAUAAUAUUGUGAUUGGUAAGUUCAGUAACAUCUGUAAACCUGAAGAAGGCUGGUAUGGCCAGCCGAAAUAUUGUUAUAAAAAACAAUACACGUUGUUUUAAAUCAGCUUUGCAGUAGUCUUUGGACUUCUCGUUCUUGGUUAAUUAUUGUAAAUAUUAUUAUUAUUAUUAUUAUUAUUAUUAUUACUUACUAUCGUUUUGCUUUGUAUCUAUUUAAAUGGUAAUGCAAAUGAACAGUGUCGUUUUUGUAGAGUUAUGUCACUUGACUGCUUAUAUAGUUACCUGUAAUAGAAUGUUUUAAACCUGUAAAAUAUAUAGUAUAUAGUGUAACAGAAAACUUGUCUCGAUUUAAUAGCGGACAUAGCGCAAUUAGCCGAAUAGUGCUAAUAGUAUUGGUCCCCAUCGACAUGUACACGAUAACAUAUUUCACUAAAACGGUUCUUAUAUCUUCCGUUUACAGCAUGUUUCAGUUAUUACUCACUUCCUUGGGAUGCUAAACUUGAGCACGCAAUUUCUAUAUAAGCUGUUCGUUGUUUGGUAGUCAGUUAGACGCGAAACACGUCGGCAGGAAAAAACAAAAAAAUUGUUACAACUACAAGAAGUCUUGUUUGCGUUACUUGUUUCAGUUUAUGGGCAGCAGUAUCCAAAAUGCAGUCUGUAGUAGAAGCUAACAACAAAUUCACCUUGGAUCUUUAUCAAGUUCUCCAGAAAGAUGACAAGUUCACGGAUCAAAACAUUUUUUACUCCCCAAGUAGUAUAAGUAUUGCUUUGGCCAUGACGUUCAUGGGAGCCAGAGGAGACACAGCCAAACAAAUGUCAGAAGCUCUCCACUGGGAAGCCAUGACAAGCGAUCAACUGCACGAUCAGCAGCGACAUUUUCUCGAUGCAUUACAAGAAUCGAACGACGAGGGGAACGAAUUAUUAGCCGCCAAUCGACUUUUUGUGCAAAAAAGUCUUAUCAUCGAGCAAGAGUUCCUUGAGGGAACAAAAAGAUUCUAUAAUGCGGAAAUGGCUUUGACCGAUUACCAGAAGGAUCCAGAGGGAGCUAGGAAAGAGGUAAAUGACUGGGUGGAGAACAAAACGAAAGAGAAUAUUAAGAAUUUAAUUCCUGAGGGGAUAAUUGACUCAAGCACUGAAUUGAUUCUGGUGAAUGCCAUAUAUUUCAAGGGAAUUUGGCAAAAUGAGUUUGAUCGAAGAGCCACUCGUUCAAAAGAUUUUUUUGUUUCUAAAAAAAAAAAGGUAAAAGUGAAAAUGAUGAAGCUGAAGACAAACUUCAAGUACAUUGCAAAUGUUGGAGAGCUUGGCUGUCAAUUGCUGGAGUUGCCUUACCAAGGUGAGGAUCUCUCGAUGUUGAUUCUGCUACCCCAAGACAAGUAUGGGUUGGCCAGUGUAGAGGCCAGUCUCACCCAUGACAAGUUACAAAAGGCUAUUGCACUAACACAAGUACAACCCUCAGGCGAAGUGAAAGUGUACUUGCCAAGAUUCAAUAUGACACAGGAAUUCCAACUGAAGAAGCUCCUAGCGAAAAUGGGUGUAACAGAUAUGUUUAACGCGAUCAAAGCUGACUUUACAGGGAUUUCACCUGGUCUGUUUGUGACCCAUGUCAUUCACAAGGCAUUUGUGGAGGUCAACGAGAAAGGUACAGAAGCUGCAGCAGCAACAGCCGUGAUAAUGUCGCGGUCUAAAUCGCCAUCUGGGGGUUCGGCAAAGAUUCCCGUCUUUUGCGCUGAUCACCCCUUCCUGUUCUUGCUUUGUCAUAAAAAGUCAGGUGGCAUUUUGUUCAUGGGUAGAAUGAUGAAGCCUGAGCCAUUGGACUGA